AUGGCCCUAAGGAUGCUCUGGGCUGGACAGGCCAAGGGGAUCCUAGGAGGCUGGGGGAUCAUCUGCUUCGUGAUGUCUCUACUCCUCCAGCACCCAGGAGUCUACAGCAAGUGCUACUUCCAAGCUCAAGCCCCCUGUCACUAUGAGGGGAAGUAUUUCACCCUGGGCGAGUCUUGGCUCCGCAAGGACUGUUUCCAUUGCACUUGUCUGCAUCCUGUUGGCGUGGGCUGCUGUGACACGUCCCAGCAUCCCAUCGACUUCCCGGCUGGGUGUGAGGUACGUCAGGAGGCAGGAACUUGCCAGUUCUCCUUGGUGCAAAAAUCUGACCCUCGGCUGCCCUGCAAAGGGGGAGGGCCUGACCCAGAAUGGGGCUCAGCCAACACCCCUGUUCCUGGGCUUCCUGCUCCCCACUCCAGCUAAACUCAACUGAUCACCCAUCUGCUGACUGCUCACUGCUGCUGCCACUUCCAGGGAAACCACUAGCAGCUACCAAUGUAUUCUGAAUAAAUAAAUUAAUGCU